GGAGCGACCGAGCGCCGCGGGGUCGAGCCAGAGCCGAGCCGGGGUCGGGCGCUUCGAGGACCCCGGAGGCGGGGCCUGUGGGGCCGCGAUGGGCGUGGAGAUCGAGACCAUCUCCCCGGGAGACGGAAGGACAUUCCCCAAGAAGGGCCAGACAUGCGUGGUGCACUACACAGGAAUGCUCCAAAAUGGGAAGAAAUUCGAUUCAUCCAGAGAUAGAAACAAACCUUUCAAGUUCAGAAUUGGUAAACAGGAAGUCAUCAAAGGAUUUGAAGAGGGUGCAGCCCAGAUGAGCUUGGGGCAGAGGGCGAAGCUGACCUGCACCCCUGACGUGGCAUACGGAGCCACGGGCCAUCCUGGUGUCAUCCCUCCCAAUGCCACCCUCAUCUUUGACGUGGAGCUGCUCAACUUAGAGUGAAGGCAGGAAGGAGCUCGAGGUGGCUGGAGAUGGCUGCUGCUCGCCCUUCUAGCCUGCUCUGCCACUGGGACGGCUCCUCCUAGUUGGGGCUCUUGAUCAGUGUGCUCACCUCACUGCCCCACGGCACUACCACUCGCUCUGCCCAAGUUGCUCUGUAUGUGUUCACCAUCGGUCUCGCACAUCUUAGCUUGAGGAGACUUCGGUUGCAGAUUGAAACGUUUCAGGUUGUGCAUAUUUGUGUGAUGCAUGUAGUAGCCAUUCCUGGUCACAGAAUAGAUUUCUUGUUUGCACAAUCUACACUGCCUUACUGUCACUUAAGCCAGACACACAAGGUGCUCAGACAUGAGUGUACAUGGUGUACCGAGGGACUUGAGCCAGUUACCUUUGCUGUCACUUUCCCUUAUGAAUUCUGUUGGCUGCUCACUUAAUGUCCUCUUUGGAAAUAAUCUGUGAAAUAAAGGCUCUGUGCUUGACAA